AGUACGUCUCAGUAGUGGGUCGACCUCUGCAAAUACUGAGCUCCUUCUUCUCCUCCAUCUCUCCGUCUCUGAGUACAUUCUCCACGCACAAAGCUCCGUUGUUCUCCUCUGUACUGGAGACUGAAGCAGAUUCUCUCAACAUUUUAAUUGUCAUAUCUUGAUGCUGCACCGCUUUCUACCUUCACUCCGUUGAUCCUAUGCCAUUCGCCUGUAGCUUCAAGGUUUUGAGAUCUAUCACUGCCGCUCAUCCAUUUUUGAUGACUGCGUAGAGAAAGUAGCGGCUUCGUCAUGGAGAAACAACCCUGUACAAGCCAAUAAUGACUUGCCCAUGCCUCUUAUUCCCUUAGUGAAUAUGUUGUAUUUAUUGGUAAGUUGGAUUUUUGUUCCACUGCGCACACCAUCAUCUCUAUUUGCUUUGGAGUUUUAUUAAAAAAAAAGUAACUUUGGAGUUAAAGAGAAAGAAAAAUACUUCACAGAGAUCUAAAGAUUGGGACUGUAAGUAGGAGUGAGCUUUAUCCAUGGCGGCGAACCAGUCCCAAUCUCAGUCUCUACAACAAAAUCAAGCUAAGAAGGUCCCUCUAUUCCCCUUUGUUUCUAUUAUCUGCUUCGUCUCCAUCUUCCUCCUCCUCUCUUCGAUAAGAAACACCACUUCAAUUCCUUCACAUUCUCAUAAUCAAUCUAUUCAAUUCCCCAAAAUCAACGGCUUAUCCAACCCGGGAGCUUCACCCGAUUCAUGCGACUACUCGAAUGGAAAUUGGAUCCACGACCCGGUCGGGACAUCCCCGAGGUACGACCAUACGUGCAAGGAGAUAUUCAAGGGUUGGAAUUGCAUCUCCGGCAAAAAAUCCAAGAGUCGCGAUCUCAUCAACUGGCACUGGAAACCCACCCAGUGUGAACUCUCGCCAUUCGAUCCCACUGCCUUUCUCCACGCGUACAGGGACACCGCAAUUGGGUUUGUCGGUGAUUCGUUGAAUAGGAAUAUGUUUGUGUCUCUUUUCUGCUCUCUUAAAAGGGUCUCAAAUGAUGUCAAGAAGUGGAGGCCGGCUGGUGCCGACCGCGGGUUCACAUUUCUUCAAUAUAAUCUCACCAUUGCUUAUCAUCGAACUAACCUUUUAGCUCGAUAUGGUAGGUGGUCAGCUAAUUCCAAUGGUGGUGCUUUAGAGUCUCUUGGGUUUAAAGAAGGUUAUAGGGUAGAUGUUGAUAUUCCAGAAGGAACAUGGGAAAAUGCUCUGAGCUUUCAUGACAUUCUAAUCUUCAACACGGGGCACUGGUGGUGGGCUCCUUCAAAAUUUGACCCUGUUAAGUCUCCAAUGCUUUUUUUUGAAAAGGCUCAGCCUGUGAUUCCUCCAGUAUCUCCUGAGGCAGGGCUUGAUAUGGUCUUAAAACACAUGGUAAAGUACAUUGAAAAUAGAACUCGACCUGGUACAAUCAAAUUCUUUCGAACACAAUCUCCUAGACACUUUGAAGGUGGUGACUGGGACCAGGGUGGUGCUUGUCCAAGGCUGAAGCCAUUGUUACCAGAGCAGGUGGAAUCGCUUUUCUCACUGAAUAAUAAUGGAACAAAUGUGGAGGCACGCCUAGUAAAUCAGCACCUGUUCAAGGCUCUUGAAAGGACAAAUUUUCAUAUAUUAGACAUAACACACUUGAGCGAGUUCCGAGCAGAUGCCCAUCCAUCUUCAGCUGGAGGAAAAAAACACGUCGAUUGUAUGCAUUGGUGUUUACCAGGAAUUACUGAUACUUGGAAUGACUUGUUAAUAAAGCAAUUAAACAAUAUUAAGAAAUCCCUUAAACUCGCUUAUCGGGUUGAAGUUCAAAAUAGGUCCUCUCCUGGAAGAAUAUGAAACUAUAACAAGGACCAUGUAGGUACUAAA